AUGCCUGUGGCCCCUGUCUUGCGUGGCGCUGGGGCUGGCCUGCCCCGUCGUGCGGGUCUUCGUGCAUGCGGUCGCAUGAGGUGGCUGCGAUGCGCGUCGACGGCAGCAGCUGCGCCACCGAAUCGCGAUCGCGUAGCAUAUGCCCUGGAACAGCUCGGACCCCUCUUCCAGCCCACGUCUCCUUGGACGCAGCGUGUACAGACAGCUGCACAUGCUUUGCGCACCAACGAAAAGGGCGAGCUCCGACGCAUCGCUAUCGUAGGCGCACCACAUGGCUUUGUUGAUACGAUCCUCGCUGAUCCCCUGGACGAGCGUGUCUCGAAUCUCUUGGCGGCGUAUCCCCGACAUGCCCACACACGCAUCCAGCACGGACAGGGCGGAUGGACGGCAGGAGGUGAAUGGACUCUGCCACUCUCGUGGCUUCAUGGCAUCGAACUGUUUGAAUGCGCACCCGAAGCUGUAGAAGACGCUGAUACACUGACGCAGUUGCUGGCGUGCGAUGCUGUGUACCUCGUGGUGCGUGCAUCAGACCUGGCGCAUCAAGAUACCAGAGCAGCUUCUUCGGUCAUGGCACUCGCGCGCAGACUCGCGACAAAGCCCCACACACGUCUCUUGGUCGACUGCGACGUUGACGCCGCGUAUGGCCAACACGCUGCGGCGCAAUGGGCCAAGAGUGCCGAGCUGGUCCGUACGCACAUCGACUCACAUCUCCUUGAGCGCCUUGCGCGCCACUCGUCUUCGGAUGAAGUGCGGGGCGCGCAUCUCGUGUCGCAUGCGCUCGCACAGCACGCUCAAGCUGUGCUUUGUGAACAAGGCCUGCCUGAGUACGCACGCAUUCUGCGGGCUUCGCGCUUUGCUGCCUUGUACACGCAGUUUCAAUCGGCCGUGAAUGAUCCGCACGCACGCGCAGAGCACGUUGCACUCGCGGCUUUCCACGCUGCUACUGAUGCGGAAUGUGUCGAGGGCGAGCGACUCGCGACAGGCGCCGGGUGGGCCCGUGUUCUUGAGGCGGACGUGGCGCACGACAUGGCGGACGUUCAGAGGCGUCUUGUGCCCACGAGCGACGCAGAUACGGACAAAUCGCCCGCUGUCUCCCAACGCCGCGGCGACCGCAGCGCCAAGCCUCAUGGUGCACAGGCAGACGCACGUCACCUCGUGCAAGAUACGCUACGAACGCAGUUCCCAUGGUGGCGCCUGCUGUGGCGCAUCGAUGAACUUCGUUUGGCCCUGUCGUACGCUGUAGGACGCAGCUUUGGUACGCGGGACGAAAUACUGCUCACGUACGAAGCAGGCCGCUUGCGUGGCGCGGCCUCGGAACAAUAUGCCCGAGCACUGCAAACACUCGAUGAGAUUCGGGCGUCUGAUCGACGGCAUGCUCUGGAGUCGGACCGUGGUGCCUGCGCUGAUCAGCCAUCGCUGGACUCGGCCACGCUCCGUAAUGCUCUGGCAUCGUAUGAUGAGCGAUACAUGGGCGCUUUGCUGCAUGCCCACUGCCUGUCCGAGCCUCUGUUGGAGCGCCGGGCCCAGCUACUUUCACCCUCAGGCACGAUCCACACACUCGUUACGCGUGCUCAAAGAGCCGUGGCAACAACGUUUGGCGCGCUUGGCCUAAGCUACGCCACCUUUGCUGUCGGUAUGUUGGCACACGGCUCGCCAAAUACCCUACUGUCCACGGCACACGUUCCGACCGCUCCCCGACCAACAUCGACCAUGUCGGAAGCUCUGGCAACCGUUUCGUGGCUGCCAGACCUGACACCCGUCCUGUCGUGGACAAGUAUGCUGGCCAUGACCCCCACGACGGCUGGUGCUUCUGCACUCCUAGCAACGAUGGCCUGUGCCUACUAUCUACAGGGCCGAUGGACACGUGCCAAGCGUGCAUUCUGGUGGGACUGGGACCGGACGGUCGAGAUGGCUGAGCGCGAACAGAAGACAUGCAUCGACACAGUGCUGCGGACGCAGGUGUAUGGAGCGCCCCUGCAAGUAGCACACGCGCUGCGGGAGCAGAUCGAGGCGCGUCAACCACAGCACCAGGCGCGCCUGCAGAUACUGCGUGAGGUCCGCUCACAUCUGGCAGAUGAGUAG